GAUUUUUUAGGUUUCUUUCUGUCUCUUUGGUAUUAUCUUUUCAUGUCUCUUGACUCCUUCCUACUCCGCAUUUUUGUCCUUUACCUAUUCUCAUUUUUCUUGUGUCUGUUUCUUCCCUUAUGUUACCCUCUCUUCAUAAUUUAUUUAUGUAGCUUCUCAUCCCAUAUAUUUCCUCUUAUUCUGCCUUUUUCUAUAGCCAACUCGUUAAGCUCAUCUCAAUCUCUCUCAUUAAAAUAUCGCCGCUCUAUGCAAUUCUCAUUCAGUAUAUUCUUCAUUAUUUAUGAUAAUAAGAGCAUGCAGCAGUGUCAUCUGUAAGUCUACUACAUAUAUUAAGUGAUUCCAUCCGGUGGUCUUGUUAAGCUUUGUGCCUAAACCCUUUUCAUGGUCACGGUCUUGGGUUAUGUAAGAGCCGAAAAAUGAAUUUGAAUCUAGCGCAAUUAGCAAAUGCUAAUUUCACGCCUUUAAUCCAAGAUUUAUCCAGUCGAUGUGAGUCAGAGACUUGGAAGGAAUUCGCGUUGGCCAUUACGCAAUGCACGAGAAACAGCAACGAGGUGUAUUAAUUAGCCGCCAAAAAAUAAUGACAGGUAGGUGGGUGCGCAACAAAACAUCCUCCUGUCAUUCUACGAAUGCCAAACUGACCAUGAAAACCACGAAAACUGAUUCACAAUGCCGACUCUGUGUCGAUUCCCAUUCAGGCUGGCUUUUGGCCCGCACCCAAGGUGUUGUUGCAGGUGAAGUGACAAAACGGCGCCACAGCCGCACUCACACACACACAAUCGCAGCCACAGCCACAGCCACAGUCGCAGCCACAGCCCCAGCUCCAACGAAAUGCCAACACCUCAACCACGAAUACCAGGGCUUAUUUAGAUCUACAUAGAGCAUAGCCCCCGCCACCCGCCAGCUCCACAUCUCGCUUCAGUGCGUCUCUCUGUGUGAGUUUUUCGAGUUCGGUUUCGGCUUUGGUUCUAGCUCCAACGAAUUUCAAAUAAAUACCCGUGCCACAGGGCUGAGCAGCACAUUCGUGGUUUCAAUUCUGUUGCCAGCGACACGUUAAGCAAUACACACACACACACACAUAUAAAUCAUCUGUUCGAGAGCGCGCCAGGAUUUGGGAGCUCAGCUCUCUAAAGAUUUAGUACACCACGUGGCCAAGUAAAUAGAAAAACAUUUGUGCAAGUGAUAAAGUGAACCAAAAAUAAACAUAAUAACAAAAUGCAUGUGCUGCAAUUGCUGCUCUGCCUGGCCGUUGUCUGUGUCCAGGCGUCGUCGCGUGGACCUGAGGCGCGCAGUGCCACGCCCACUGCCAAUGACAGACGGGUGACAGCGGGCUCUGCCGGAGUCCUGGACUCUGUGCUACGCGGCAAUGGCAAGAGUCGCCAAUCUCGCUGCGUGCGCUGCUAUGAGGAUCGCUACUACAGCGCCGAUCGUUAUGGCGGCGGGGAUCGCUAUGGAGGCGGGGAUCGCUAUGGCGGCGGGGAUCGCUAUGGCAGCAGCGAUCGCUAUGGCGGUGGCUACUCGAGUCGCAGUGGCGAUGAUCCGCGCAGCUCCUGGUACUACUAUGACCGUUACGAGGAUCGCGGUAGAGAUCGCGACUCGGAUAGAUACUAUGGGCGCGAUGAUCGCUAUUCGCCACGCACCUACGAUCGCUACGAAGGCAGAGGAUACGACGAUUACUAUAGGCGAGGCUCUUCGGGCUAUGAUCGCGGCUCGGGCUACGGUUACUCUGGCUACGACAGCCGAGAUCGUUACUAUGGCGAUCGUGACAGUUCGCGCGAUCGGUAUUAUGAUCGUUCACGUACCAGCUAUGACAGAUACGAUCCCUACGAUCGCUACUAUUCAAGGUAUGAUUUUCGCAACUAUCGUCCAUGGGAUGAGACCUACAGAGGCCAGUCGGGCUUCGAUAAUUCAGGCCGUGGCUAUUAUUUCGCUAGGGAUGACGACGAUCGUCGCUCCGGCGCUCUGCCUGUCCACGAUCGCGAGCGCGGCCAAUCGUCCGGCUCUGCCCCGCCCUGCGGCCACCUGAUCAGCAACUGUCCGUACGGUGAUCGCGGCGGCACCAAGGUCUCCUCCUCGGCCAUCGACAGCGACGGCUAUCGUGGCGGCCACACCACAGUCAUGGGCAAGCCCAGUGGCCAGGGCGGCUGGACAUAUCUGGGCGAUCAGGACAAGCCGAGCCCAAUGGGCGGCAGCCAUAGCGGUGGUGGUGGUGGUGUUGGUGGUGGUGGAGGUGCUGCUGGUGCUGGCAGUGGCAGCUCAGCGGGCGGUGCGAGCAGCAGCAGCUCAGGCGGCGGCGGCGGUCGUGAUAGAGAGCGUGAUCCACAGAGCUCUUCCUAUGGUGGCCGACCACGCCCUCUAGGCGGCAGUUAUCUUUUCGACCGGGACAGCAAUGCGGUCCCCGAGAGCCCGACCGAUCCAGCCGGCUCAAAUGGUGAUGGUGGUGGUAAUGGUAGCGCCCAAAUGCCAGCAGCUGCGGCCCAAACGGCGGCCAAGCCCAGCGAGUCCCAGGCCGAUCCCGGCCAGGACACGCAGACGAAGGCAGCGCAGCAGUGACUGCAACGCAGCAGCCGCCUUGUAGGCAUGGCUUAACAUAAUCUCUAUCUAUUUAUGUGUCUAAUUCCUAAGCUACAAUUAUAAAGUAUUUAUGCCCACGACUUUGCAACUUGCUCAAUAAACAAUUCAAAAGAUUCUCAAAAAUGUAUGAUAAUAAAACACAAGAUAUAUAUGUAUAUUGGAAGUACAGUUUAUUCAUAAAAUAGUAAAUGCUGGCGGCGUUAAGCGCCCAGGACUUAUGAAUUACAGUAAAGAGAAGCCCAAAUUGAAACGAUUGGGUAUUUAAUUAGAGCUAAGUAUAAAAGUGAAUAUUUUGGGCCGGAAGCGAAAUGAAAAACUGAAAUUUAAAAAUAUAUAA